CUAAGCUAUAUCACCUGCUAGCCUCCUCCAUGUCCCUUCACGGAUACCUCACCCCUCCUCCACCAGAUCAUCACCGCCACCGCCACCUUGCGCGGCACCGUCGCAGUGUCGCGCACCAGCCAUGGACACCGGCGAGCCCAAGGCCAAGGCCGCCAAGGUGUGCCGCGCGUGCGGCGACGAUGUUGGGACGCGGGAGGACGGCAGCCCCUUCGUGGCCUGCGCCGAGUGCGGGUUCCCCGUGUGCCGGCCGUGCUACGAGUACGAGCGCAGCGACGGCACGCAGUGCUGCCCCCAGUGCAACACCCGCUACAAGCGCCACAAAGGGUGCCCGAGGGUGGAAGGGGACGAAGAGGACGGCGACAUGGACGACCUAGAAGACGAGUUCCAGGUCAAGAGCCCCAAGAAGCCUCACGAGCCUGUCCCGUUCGACGUGUACUCGGAGAACGGCGAGCAGCCGCCGCAGAAGUGGCGCUCCGGUGGACCGGCGAUGUCCUCCUUCGGCGGAAGCGUUGCUGGCAAGGAGCUUGAGGCGGAGCGGGAGAUGGAGGGGAGCAUGGAGUGGAAGGAGAGGAUCGACAAGUGGAAGACCAAGCAGGAGAAGAGGGGCAAGCUCAACCGAGACAACAGUGACGACGACGACGACGACGACAAGAACGACGACGAGUACAUGCUGCUCGCGGAGGCGCGUCAGCCGCUGUGGCGCAAGCUUCCGGUGCCGUCGAGCCAGAUCAACCCGUACCGCAUCGUCAUCGUGCUCCGCCUGGUGGUGCUCUGCUUCUUCCUCCGCUUCCGGAUCAUGACGCCGGCCAACGACGCCAUCCCGCUGUGGCUGGUGUCCGUCAUCUGCGAGCUCUGGUUCGCGCUCUCCUGGAUCCUGGACCAGCUGCCCAAGUGGUCGCCGGUGACCCGGGAGACGUACCUGGACCGCCUCGCCCUCCGGUACGACCGCGAGGGCGAGCCGUCCCGGCUGUCCCCCAUCGACUUCUUCGUGAGCACGGUGGACCCGCUCAAGGAGCCCCCCAUCAUCACCGCCAACACCGUCCUCUCCAUCCUCGCCGUGGACUACCCCGUGGACCGCAACAGCUGCUACGUCUCCGACGACGGCGCCUCUAUGCUCUGCUUCGACACCCUCUCCGAGACGGCCGAGUUCGCGCGCCGCUGGGUGCCCUUCUGCAAGAAGUUCGCCAUCGAGCCGCGCGCCCCCGAGUUCUACUUCUCCCAGAAGAUCGACUACCUCAAGGACAAGGUGCAGCCGACGUUCGUCAAGGAGCGGCGCGCCAUGAAGCGCGAGUACGAGGAGUUCAAGGUGCGGAUCAACGGCCUGGUGGCCAAGGCCGAGAAGAAGCCCGAGGAAGGGUGGGUGAUGCAGGACGGCACGCCGUGGCCCGGGAACAACACCAGGGACCACCCCGGCAUGAUCCAGGUCUACCUGGGCAGCCAGGGCGCGCUGGACGUGGAGGGCCACGAGCUGCCCCGGCUGGUGUACGUCUCCCGUGAGAAGCGGCCCGGCCACAACCACCACAAGAAGGCCGGCGCCAUGAACGCGCUGGUGCGGGUGUCGGCGGUGCUCACCAACGCGCCCUUCAUCCUCAACCUCGACUGCGACCACUACGUGAACAACAGCAAGGCCGUCCGCGAGGCCAUGUGCUUCCUCAUGGACCCGCAGCUCGGCAAGAAGCUCUGCUACGUCCAGUUCCCGCAGCGCUUCGACGGCAUCGACCUCCACGAUCGUUACGCCAACCGCAACGUCGUCUUCUUCGACAUCAACAUGAAGGGGCUGGACGGCAUUCAGGGCCCGGUGUACGUGGGCACGGGGUGCGUGUUCAACAGGCAGGCGCUGUACGGGUACGACCCGCCGCGGCCGGAGAAGAGGCCCAAGAUGACGUGCGACUGCUGGCCCUCGUGGUGCUGCUGCUGCUGCUGCUUCGGCGGAGGGAAGCACCGCAAGUCGAGCAAGGACAAGAAGGGCGGCGGCGGCGGCGACGAUGAGCCGCGCCGCGGGCUCCUGGGGUUCUACAAGAAGCGGGGCAAGAAGGAUAAGCUCGGCGGCGGGCCGAAGAAGGGGUCGUACCGGAAGCAGCAGCGCGGGUACGAGCUGGAGGAGAUCGAGGAGGGGAUAGAGGGGUACGACGAGCUGGAGCGCUCGUCGCUCAUGUCGCAGAAGAGCUUCCAGAAGCGGUUCGGGCAGUCGCCGGUGUUCAUCGCCUCCACGCUCGUCGAGGACGGAGGACUGCCGCAGGGCGCCGCCGCAGACCCCGCCGGACUCAUCAAGGAAGCCAUCCACGUCAUCAGCUGUGGGUACGAGGAGAAGACCGAGUGGGGCAAAGAGAUUGGGUGGAUCUACGGGUCAGUGACAGAGGACAUCCUGACGGGGUUCAAGAUGCACUGCCGCGGGUGGAAGUCCGUCUACUGCACGCCCACGCGCCCAGCGUUCAAGGGGUCGGCGCCCAUCAACUUGUCGGACAGGCUUCACCAGGUGCUCCGGUGGGCGCUCGGCUCCGUCGAGAUCUUCAUGAGUCGCCACUGCCCGCUCUGGUACGCCUACGGCGGCCGUCUCAAGUGGCUCGAGCGCUUCGCCUACACCAACACCAUCGUCUACCCCUUCACCUCCAUUCCCCUCAUCGCCUACUGCACCAUCCCCGCCGUCUGCCUCCUCACCGGCAAAUUCAUCAUCCCCACGCUCAACAACCUGGCGAGCAUCUGGUUCAUCGCCCUGUUCAUGUCCAUCAUCGCGACGGGGGUGCUGGAGCUGCGGUGGAGCGGGGUGAGCAUCGAGGACUGGUGGCGUAACGAGCAGUUCUGGGUCAUCGGCGGCGUGUCGGCGCACCUGUUCGCCGUCUUCCAGGGCUUCCUCAAGGUGCUGGGCGGCGUGGACACCAACUUCACCGUCACCUCCAAGGCGGGCGCCGACGAGGCCGACGCCUUCGGCGACCUCUACCUCUUCAAGUGGACGACCCUGCUGAUCCCGCCCACCACGCUCAUCAUCAUCAACAUGGUCGGCAUCGUCGCCGGCGUCUCCGACGCCGUCAACAACGGGUACGGGUCAUGGGGCCCGCUCUUUGGGAAGCUCUUCUUCUCCUUCUGGGUCAUCGUCCACCUCUACCCGUUCCUCAAGGGGCUCAUGGGGAGGCAGAACCGGACACCCACCAUCGUUGUGCUCUGGUCUGUCCUGCUCGCGUCCAUCUUUUCCCUUGUGUGGGUCAGGAUCGACCCCUUCAUUGCCAAGCCCAAGGGGCCCAUCCUUAAGCCGUGUGGAGUACAGUGCUGAUUGACCUUAGUUGUCAAUGGCUUGCACACAUUGCACCUUUGGGGCGGUUCAUAUUUGACUUGCUUAUUUUGUACAAGUUUUGCAAGCGAGAUAAAGUGUUGAUUCAGGGGGUUUCAAGUUGUAAGAAUUUGUUCAGGACAUUAUAUUCGAAUGGAAGGACACUGUUUCUGCA